UUUUAUUUUGAAUUUUUUGAAAAAAUAACAUGUCUAAGAAACAAGCAGACCCUCUGAUUCUUUCAGAAAGAGAGCUAGAAGCAUGAUUUGACCUGGGAGUCAACCCUAGUGAUUUGUUAACACAGCCACUAAGUUGUCCAAAACCCUUCAUGAAGCAUCAGAAAAGGGAAGGGACCAAGAAGCCUUCACAUUUUGACCGAUUCAACUCAAGAAUCUCAAAAGGCUCAGAUGGUAACAACAAAAGAAUACUCAGGAAGCCAAGUAUAAAGGGUCACUCGAAGUUAGUCAAGAAGGCUACUUUCAUAUUAACCAAAGUGUCAGAAUCCCCCAAGAAAAUCGAAAAGAAGAAAAAAUUCCAACUACAGGCUGGAAAAGGAGGCUGCCCUAUGAACAAUUUUGUGUAAAAUAUUUGCUAAUUUGUGUAUAGAAGGUAAAACAGUAGCUUAGAGAAUCCAUGUAGAGCUGUAACCACAGGCUAGAUCUUUGGAACAAGGUUAUUUUGCUAACUAAAUUAUGAACCUCAAGGUCUCAAUCAUUUUGUACUUCGAUAAUUAUGCGUUUGAGCUGAAUUAAAAUAAUAGCUGAGAAAGCCUGAUUCAAGUCAAAGACCUUGAGGAGAAAUUUGAGAAAGACCAACUAAAAUAAGGAAAGGAUAUUAAUAAAUCAUUUACAAAACGAGAGGCCAAAGGUAGGACCAUCAAAGCACUAUAAGCCGCCUGUCCUUUCUGAAGAUCCUUCAAAGAAGGCACCAACGCCUGCUAUCAGAAGAAAUGAGGGCCCAGAGUUGCUAAAAAGACGCAUUGAAAAUCUUCAGGAUAGUAAAUCC